AAACAAAACCCGAAUAUAUUGUAAGUCAAAUUUCGGAUCUGGAUCCGCCACCAAAAACUCCGCCAAUAUAAAAAUCAGUGUGCAAGUAGUUAGGAGAGGUUUAAAUUAGGGUUUUACCUCUCCUUCUUCGCAUAUCAAUACUAAUGGCAGAAGAGAAAGCAACCGAACCCACUCAAGCCAACCAAGAGCGAGUUGACUCGACCACAGAGGACAUGGAUGUGGCCGAAGAAUCAGCCGCCAACGGCGCCAAACGAGUGAGAGAUUCUGAGGAGGAACAGAACGAUGACGACGUAUCGAAGAAGCAGAAGGUAGAUAAGUCUGUAGAAGAGGAGAGAUUGGAGAAGCUUGAGGAGGGAGAAGGAGAGGAGGACAAGGAAGAAUCUGUUCCGGUUAGUUUGGGUCCGAAGAGUUUCGGGUCUUCUGUGGAGAUGUUUGAUUACUUUUAUAAUCUUCUUCAUUACUGGCCCCCUAAUCUCACUGUUAACAAGUAUGAGCAUAUGGUGCUGUUGGAAUUGCUUAAGAAGGGCCACUCUGAUCCUGAGAAAAAGAUUGGCGGCGGCAUCCAGGCUUUCCAAGUUCGUUACCAUCCAAUGUGGAAGAGUCGAUGCUUCUUCCUUAUCAGAGAUGAUGAUACUAUGGAUGAUUUCAGCUUCAGGAAGUGUGUGGAUAAAAUACUUCCCUUACCAGAGGACAUGAAAAUAAAAUCUGAUGGAAAUGGCAAGGGUCAUGGAGGAAAAGGUGGUGGUGGUAGUGGAAGAGGUGGCAGGGGCCGAGGCCGAGGGCGUGGCCAUGGAAGAGGUGGUAAAUCAAGAGGCUGAACUGAUUGUUGAUUUUUCACCUGGGGUAAACAUUAUGUAGAAGAAAAAAAAAAAAGUAUCACUUGUUUUCCUUCUUGAUUUACCUAGCUAAGCUACAAUUUUUGUCCUAGUUUUGAUCGUUAAAAUGUAUUGUUUCUGAAUAGUGUUCGCUAUUCCAUCUUUGCCUGUUUGAGUUA